AAGCAGGCACCUCCGGGUCUGGGGGCAAAGUAUUAGAAGUAAUGAGGCCUAAGCAUCCUUAUGUCAUCCUGCAUCUGCUGCCAGUUGUGUCCUGCAACAACACAAACAUGGCCAGCAAGUUAAGUCCGGAUCAGAUCACAGAGUACAAAGGAGUUUUUGAGAUGUUUGACGAGGUGGGAAACGGAGACGUGAAGACGAAGGAGCUGGAGAGGCUGAUGAGCUUGAUGGGAAUCAACCCGACAAAGAGGGAGCUCGGUCAGAUGGCCAAGGAUGUCGACAAAGAUGGUCAAGGUAUCUUUAACUGUGACAGCUUCCUGGGCCUGAUGGCGCUGUACCACCAGAGAACCAAGAACCAGGACGCUGAACUAAGAGCUGCUUUUAAAGUGUUCGACAAAGAGGCAAAGGGAUUCAUUGACUGGAACACACUCAAAUAUGUGCUGAUGAACGCAGGAGAACCACUUAACGAGACGGAGGCUGAGCAGAUGAUGAAGGAGGCGGAUAAAGAUGGAGAUGGAACCAUUGAUUAUGAAGAAUUUGUGGCCAUGAUGACUGGUGACUUGUUUAAAAUGAGUUGAAGACGGCACGAAGAUGAGCCAUAGGAUUACGACACGCAUGAGGCCGAACAAAAUCCUUCUUAAUAAAUGUGGG